AAUGACCAUCAAUAAAGGAUAAAUUCUGGGCUGCCUGGGUAUGCGACAAUGAGCAGCAAAUGCAAGGACUUUUAAGGAUAUUGAAGAACACGGGGAAAUGCUCACAAAAUCAUAUUAAAUUAAAAAGCAGACCAUAAAACUGUAUGUACAGUAUGAUCAGAAGUCUCUAAGAAAAAAACCUGCACUUAGUUUAUUUUUUAAUCUGUAAGGGAGAGUUAAUGGGUAGCGGUGCGAUGACUGGUGAUUUAAAUGCCCCCGAUUUGGUCUUGUAGCCCUCAAACACUGCGUAAAGAACAGAUACAGUGUUUAUAAUGAGGGAAAAUACUAAGUCUUUGCUAAAGCUCACGUUUCUCGAAUUUAACUGGGCUCUCUCGCCCCUCUCCGCCGGCUCUCGGCCCAGGAGUCCCAGGCCUCGCCUGCCCCGCGAAGUUGGGGGGCUGUCCCGCCCACGCCCGGACCCAGCUCCUUCCGCUCGGCCCUCUCGCCUCUCCCCGCCUUUCCCCUUCUCCGGUCUCGAAAAACGUCACUUUUCUGGACCAUCCGUGGUCUUUCCUCCCUCGCUGUUUUUCUAACCUGAAAAGGCAGGCGCGGAGGGCUGGUGGCUCGGCUCGCGGCGCCAGCGCGCCCCCGCUCGGUCGGCCUCCCGACACGCGCCCGCCCCGCCCCGCCCCGCCCGCUUCCGCCUUUCGGCCCCGGACUCUGCCCCGCGAACGUGUCUCCUGGACGCUAUGGCUCCGCUCCGCUUCUCGGCCAACGUGUCGUGGCUGUUCCCCGAGCUCCCCGGCCUCCCCGCGCGGCUCCGGGCGGCGGGCAGCUCGGGCUUCGAGGCCGCCGAGGUCGCCUGGCCGUACUCGGAGUCGCCCGAGGCGCUGGCGCGCGCGGCGCGGGAAGCGGGCCUGCGGCUGGUGCUGAUCAACACGCCCCCCGGGGACCGAGAGAAAGGGGAGAUGGGGCUGGGGGCCGUUCCCGGGAGGCAAGCGGCCUUCCGAGAGGGGCUGGAGCAGGCGGUGCUGUACGCCAAGGCUCUGGGCUGUCCCAGGGUCUUGAUGGAAGGAGCACUGGAGGCGAGGAUGCAGCGCAGAGAGACCAGGGAAGGCUUCGUUUGCUCAGCGGAAUUCCUAAGGAUUCACCUGAUGGCUGGCCGAGUACCCCAGGGUGCUGACCGAGCAGCAGUCAGGAGUGAAAUGGAGACAGUUUUUCUGGAGAACCUGAGGCACGCGGCUGGGGUUUUGGCUCAGGAGAGCCUCGUGGGACUGCUGGAGCCCAUCAAUACCCGCAGCACUGACCCUCAGUACUUCCUGGACACGCCCCAGCAGGCGGCAGCCAUCUUACAGAAGGUCGGAAGACCCAACCUCCAGUUACAGAUGGACAUAUUCCACUGGCAGAUCAUGGAUGGCAACCUGACAGGAAACAUCCGGGAGUUCCUACCCCUUGUUGGGCACGUGCAGGUGGCACAGGUCCCGGGCCGGGGGGAACCUGACAGCCCUGGAGAGCUGAACUUCCCCUAUCUAUUCCAACUGCUGGAGGAUGAAGGCUACAAGGGCUUUGUGGGCUGCGAGUACCAGCCUCAAGAUGCCAUGGCCUCCCUCUCUCCUCAGGAGACACAGCAGAGGGCCUGAACUGGCUUCGUUCCUACUGGGAUAGGCGGGGCCGCCCACAGGCUGGCCAGUGAGGUCCGGCCCGGCACCCACCUGCCUCUGUGGGACAGUGCACCAAGCAUCCCAAAUCUCCUGAAUUAAAAGACCACCUGCUGAACGUU